AUGCCAACCUCCGCAGGUUUGCGGACGCCCUCCCCCGAUGCGCGCGCGCCUGCAGCAGCGGAGGCAAAAUCUCUCAUGGGAGAGAGCGGGGCAGUGGGGCGAAAGGGGAGGAAGAGGGGAGCGGAGUGGAGGAGGGGGGAGACGUGCCAGGGGGCGCCACAUCGCCGCCUCGCCUACUCAGCAAGUAAUCACCGCCCCAUCGCCGCCACAUCGCUGCAUCUCCCCGCUGUCCUUCUCUCUCCCCGCUGUCCUUCUCUCUCCCCGCUGUCCUUCUCUCUCCCCGCUGUCCUUCUCUCUCCCCGCUGUCCUUCUCUCUCCCCGCUGUCCUUCUCUCUCCCCGCUGUCCUUCUCUCUCCCCGCUGUCCUUCUCUCUCCCCGCUGUCCUUCUCUCUCCCCGCUGUCCUUCUCUCUCCCCGCUGUCCUUCUCUCUCCCCGCUGUCCUUCUCUCUCCCCGCUGUCCUUCUCUCUCCCCGCUGUCCUUCUCUCUCCCCGCUGUCCUUCUCUCUCCCCGCUGUCCUUCUCUCUCCCCGCUGUCCUUCUCUCUCCCCGCUGUCCUUCUCUCUCCCCGCUGUCCUUCUCUCUCCCCGCUGUCCUUCUCUCUCCCCGCUGUCCUUCUCUCUCCCCGCUGUCCUUCUCUCUCCCCGCUGUCCUUCUCUCUCCCCGCUGUCCUUCUCUCUCCCCGCUGUCCUUCUCUCUCCCCGCUGUCCUUCUCUCUCCCCGCUGUCCUCUCUCCCCCCUGUCCUUCUCUCUCCCCACUGUCCUCCUCUCUCCCCCCUAUCCUUCUCUCUCCCCCCUGUCCUUCUCUCUACCCCCUGUCCUCCUCUCUCCCCACUGUCCUCUUCUCAUUCCGUCUUUCGCUCUCGCUUCCUUCCCCCGUCGCCCAUGUGCAUUCCCCUCCCCUCCCUGCAGUCGUCGCCUUCCUGGCAGAGGCCGUUGCUGGGACAUGCGCGUGCGCACGAGACAGAGGUGACGGAGCGGAGCGGGGCGCUGGACGAAUGCGCAGCUGGCGGUGAAAAAGCUGCAUUGCACUUUGAGGCACCUUCUAUCCCCACUUUCUCCGUCCUUCACCUCUCCUCCCCCGUUCCCCUCCUUCCUUGCCCCCACAAUGGACCCAUCGUUCAUCCGUCCAUGGCGCACAUGCUUGCGCUGCUGCAUGUCCCCUUCCCCCCCUCCUCGCCCUCCGCGGCCAAGGGGAACGCGGAGGAGGGGGAGGUGGAGGGGGAAGGCGUAAGGAAGUAA